AUGCCCAGGCGCCACCUCGCGCUUUGGGCGGCUGUAUUAGCUGCCGUACAUGCAGCCGCAUCGGCAGUGCCGAUUCAUGAACUGUUCGCCCGACAAUCAAGCUGCGCCCGGAACUUUGACCAGUGUAAGAACGCCGAUUUUCCCGAUUACUUCUGCUGCAAGACCGGCGAGACCUGCAUCGCGCUCGCCGGGAAUACGACGGUUCUCUGCUGUCCAGAAGGCGCAGACUGCUUGAGGAUCCAGCCAGUCCCCUGCGACAUCGCGCUGCAAGAUGGCGAGAAGAACCCCGACGCCGUCGUCAAGACGACCGCUCUCGGGGGAACCCUGGCGCGCUGCGGCACCCAGUGCUGCCCAUUUGGGUACUCGUGUAGAGACGGCCAGUGUGCCAGGGACCAAAACCAGAACGCAGUUCCUUUUCAGACAAAGACGGUGAAACCGGGCCCUACCAGCACCGGUGGCGCCAAAACCAGCGCCACGGGCGGCGCCAGCCCGACAGCAGAUACUACAGAUUCUGCUGGAGACUCAAACGCAACGGCAGACUCGUCGAACAACACAGGCGAUUCAAGCAGCGGCCCGCCGGUAGCUGCCAUUGCCGGUGGUGCGACAGCCGCGGCCGUCGUCGUCAUCGGCGCUGCCGUUUUCGCCUUUAUCUUUUUCCGAAAGAAGCAAAAGAAGGAAGAAGCGGCCGGAUCCGGCAGCCCGCCGAAACUAUCACGAUCGACCUCAUCUUUUGGAAACCUGAUCAGCAAUCCGAUCAUGGCGGAUAACAGUUUCCGCAGCGACUUUGCCCGAAACCCAGGCCCACGCACCCCACCCCAGUAUCCCGAAGACCCGGACUCGGUAACAGGGGCUCUCAUAGCCUCGGCUGCCAACACUCCAGAGGCCGGUGGAAUGCAAGCUGGGGGGAUGCAGGCGGGAGGGAUGCAAACUGCGGGGAUGUUGGCCGUCCCAGCGGCGGCGGCGCCGGGGCCGGCGGCUCAGAUCGCCCCUGUGUAUGGCGGAUACGGCAACCUCGAACAACCGCAAUAUGUCGACAUGCCCUAUGUCAACCACGAUAACGGGCUCCUGCCGCAGACACCCCGGCAGCACCGCGAGCCCAGCUCGGUGAGCAUCAACGUGUUUGCCGACCCGAAUAUCACGCCAGACCGGACGCCGGAGAGCAACGUCCAACCGGCGGUACACCGACGUGACCACUCUUUCAGCCAAAUGCUGGAUAAUGCCGACUUGGGCGACAUGGCCGAACGGUCAGGGUACUUGGGGUAUAACCCGAACCGGUGGGCAGGUUCCACUGAUGCUCGAGGAGGUGAUGUGAUGGUGCUUGGAAGGGUACAGCGAGGACUGGAGACGAGGUUGAACUAA